AUGAGACGAGUUACAUCUUUCAAGCACGAGUACCGGCAAGCUUCGGCGCGCGCCGCCACCCCGCCGCCGCCCAUCUACGAGCCUCUGUCCCCAGUCCUGCAACCGACGGAGCCCUCGAGGGCGCACCCCGCCGGCACAGCCAAUACUCGCACCGCGUCGCUAUCACGCCCCGGCAAUGGCAAUGGCCCUCCAGUUGCGCCGUCUGCUCUCGGGAAGAGCACGCGCACAGCUGGCGGACAGCCAACGCCGCCGGUGACGUAUGAGCCAGCUUUGCGCUCCGCACAACCUCCGCCGCACUUUUCCCUGGCGCAGCCAUCGCCCAUUGAAGCUCUGGCAGACGUCGCCAUGAUAUCGCAGCAUACAAGUCCGGCCUAUGUUGGCCUCUCGCGCCCUGCCAACCAGCUGCCGACGUCGCCCAUAGCCGGCUCCCUCCCCAUCGGCGAACGCGCCCCAACGCAAGCCUUUGCGAGAGACCCUACAUAUCCUUACACCGACCGGCCUGCAAAGAGGGCACGCUCCGAGGUCUACGGCUCUCCCCACAGAUGGUAG